AUGGCUGAUAGUCUUUGCUUCCGCGACGCCUUCUUGCGCACCCAGUCUGCUGCACCUGAAGUGACCACUCCGAGAAUCACUCAAGAGGAAUAUUUACGACAUCUGGUCAGGCACAUGUGUAGCGUUCGACAUCCUUCCGACUCGAAACGUGAUCACUUUGUCUUUCAAUUCGAGCCAGUUGGCAACUGCCUCCGUGAGUUGGCUUUGAAUGACGAUUAUGAGCCGCUGAACGAGGCCGAGGCUCAGCAAUAUCACCAACUCCUCGUAGCUGCGCUCCACGGUGACCUCGAAACUGUCACCUCAACUUUUGACGCCGUUCGCCAGCUCCGCGCACCUAACCUCGAUCCUCUUCAACCCGUGGCGGCAGUGGGAGCGAGGGCAGGCCACAUGUCUAUCGUCAACUUUGCCCUCUCCCGCGGCGCCAAGCGUAAUCGAAGACAGAGAUCCCAAUAA